AUGGAAGAAUCGAACCAUCACAUUUUACUCAUCCUUGACAAUGCCACUUUACAUAUUACUUGUGCUCUUAUUCUUAACAAUGUAAAAAUCCUCAUGCUGCCCAAAAAUGUAACAUCAAAAAUACAACCCAUAGAUGCUAAUAUCAUUGCAUCAUUUAAACUUCACUAUCACUAUAUGCAACUUCAAUGCACAAUUGAUUAUAAUGAAGCUGUUAUAUUCCCCUAUGAUGAAAAUAGAGUACCUAUUAUCCCUCCUUCUAAUGAAGGCAUCGAAGAUAUAGAAGAAAACCUACUUGUUGACCCUAAUAAUGAAUUACAAAUUGAUGCCUUGGGUGUUCAUAAUUCAAUGCCAGUUGAAGAUUUAUUAAAUAUUGAAGAAGAACAAGAAGUAUAUCACCAGUUCACUAAUGAAAACUUGAUUCAGGCUGCUACAAAAAAUAAACAGGAAGAAAAUAAAAUUGUAAUACCAUCUUUAACUAGAGAAGAACAAUUGAGAAUUUUACAUUAUGCCUUGAAAUUGUUAAUGAAAGGAUUAAUAAUAGUGAAGUAA